CUGAGAGGAGAAACAAAAGCCAGUGACAUAACAUCCUCCACCCCCUCUCUCUCCCUCUCUGUCUCCGUUUGCUUCCUGCCUCUCUCGACCAGGAGCUUCGACCAGAUGAGCGUUUCCACAGAGUGCAGCUUCCGGAGCGAGGCGGACUGGGACCGUCAGUCCGAGUUCUCCUCCACGGUCAGCCUGGACAUGGCUCAGCCCGGCAGCCCCCUGUCGCCCUCCAAGUUCUUCAAGGUGGAAACAAACACAUUGGCAUCUUCCUUUCCUGCCUCAUUAUUCAUCGUCAUUUCGCUUGUUUGUUUUCAGAAUUCGGAGGACAAAAAGGGGGUGUUGGAUCGCAUCAGCAGCUUCUUCAGCGGUCGGCGGAAGCGGAGCAGUGGCCGCCACCACUCGGACGCCUCCAGCCUGUCCGGUUCCCCGGCCUCCCCUUCGUCCCCGCGCUCGCUGGUGUCCGCCGAGGAGGAAGAUGGCCAAAAGACUCCUACUCCCUCUCGGAAAGAAGGCCUCAGCCGGAGCUCCACCCCCAGCUCCCCGAGCGUGGCCUCCCUGGUGGACGGUGGGGUGGACGUCCCGUUUGCAGACAGCGACAGCAGCGGCCGCAGCAGCGUGAGGGAGGUGGUCGUGUGCAGGGUCAGCGGGGAAAAGGACUCUGGGAAGGGGGAGGAGCCCGAAACGGCAGCCGAUCCUCCAAAUUCAGCCUCCGAUUUAGGCUUCGCGGAGUCAGUGGUGGAUGAAGUUAGCAGGAGGCUGCAGGUUAACCUGGAAGAAAGGCUACUGACCCCUAAUGAGGACGGCGUGGUCAGCCCCACCUCUCUGAUGGCGCUCAGCGUCCCGGUUUCCAUGACACCCGACAGUCCGCGGUCUCCGAAUUUAACCUCAAUAAGUUUGGCGUCAAAGAAAACCUUCGUGAAAGUUGGCGAAAAGGGGCACAGCACAGCGCUCAGAGGGAUAACUCUAGGUUCUAGAUCCUCCACGUCGCAAACGGUCAAAGCUCAGAAGGAGCAAAGCUCAGAUGUGGAGAGUUUGGGAGUCAGGACUAGAUCUCCAAUAUCCACCGGCAGCCUCUCCGGGGAAAAAGCAGCCACUACUCGGAGCCCUUCACCAGAGAAUGAGCACGCGCCCGGAGGGGAUUCCCCUGUCCAACUCCACAAAGCCAUAUGGGUGGAAACGCACCUGGGAGAGGAGGAGGAGGAGGGAGGGGUGAGGGAGAGGGAGAGGGAGGGGGAGAAAGGGAAGGCUAAAAUAAAAGAGGAGGAGGAGGGGUUGAGAGCAGACUCCCCUCCUUGGCUGGCUGUACCUGCCACUGUCAUACCGGAGGAGGACUCUGUGCUGCAGGACGCUGAGGGGAGCUUAACUUCCCCAACGGAGAGUUCGCUGACCGUUGGCAGCACGCCACCAUCGGCUAUCUGCCCGGCAGCGAAUGAAGGGUUUCAAUCAGCAGGCCCAGCCUCCAAACCAGCCUCUAACCCAAGUUCAGCUGAAGAGAAGCGCAACCGCGUCACACGCCGGACUGUGAAUCUGCCCGCAAAGCACAGGGCUUCUGACCAGAGGGCUAUUACUAGCCCGGAGUCCAACUUUGAAGAGGACGAACCGGGGAGAGAGGAAUGCGGCGAAGACUCGACCACACAGAGCUCAAACGCAGCCCAGGAGAAAGUGCUGCCAACCCUCCAAAACAACAGAGAGGCUGAAUUCAAAAACACUAACCUGGACCAGUCCCCCACAACAAAUGAUACCACACAGUCUGCCACCGGCCCCCCCGAACCCGUAAUCCAAGACAAGACGGACUCGGAUGUCUCCGAUUUUGGAGACACCUCUGUAGAGCCCGAGAUGUACAAAACAAAGCCAAAAGCUGCAGAAUCUGGGGAAAAAAGUCAAGGAACUAAGCAGACUGCUUCUUCAAAACGAGCAAUCAAAGCAGCAGAAGGUCAGCCUCCCUCAGCCAGUGGACCGAAGAGCCCAUCGUCUGCGGCCGGAGGCAAGAAUGUCCCAACAAAGGCGAAGGGCUCUUCGGAGGCCACGAAAAGGGAAACUUACAGUGUUCAUCAAAAGGAACACAGCAGCGAGAAAUCAGUUGCUGCGUUACCAGUAUUAAAGGAUCAAAGUGCCAGCAGUCCCUCGUCUCCAGCGAAGUCUAAAAUCCCCAAAAGGUCGCCGUCGGAUUCUGGCGUGAAAUCACCGGUGACGCCCGAUAAAACGUCAGUAUCUGAAGCCCCAGGUUCAGCAGCCCCUCCCAAACUGCAAAAACAACCGAGACAAAAGGAAGCUGUGAAAUCCACGACGUCCACCGUCAAAGUGGGCCGGAAACCAGGUUUGGAGGAGGCGAAAGGGGGAAAAUCUGUUUCGGGAAACACUUCUCCCACAAAGUCCAGCAACAAGACGGGGACCAAGCUCAUGAAGGAAAAGAAAGAAGACGACUGUGAGUCUGAAAACCUUUUAAAUGGCAUUAAGGAAGACGGGGAGCAGAAAAGUGUGGAGACAGGACCCCCUCCUGACAGAGGAGGCCUUGAUUUAAAAGAUCAGCUGCCAACCCAUCUGGAGAAUAGCACUUCGGUGUCAUCAAAAAGUCGCUUACCCGUUUCUUCUCCGACAAAAACGAGCAACGAUGCGUCUCAGGCGUCUGGGUCCAUCUACAGAAAAGGCCUGUCCGGCCAGACAGACUCAAAUAAAGCAGCAACAACCCAGAAGCAGAGCCCUGAGCGGGAGGGAUCGAGUCUGGAGGAAGACAGACCAGGAAGUGAGACACCGACCCUGCUCCCAGAAAGCCCUCGUACAGCGCAGCUGAGCAAACCUGUGUUUGUGUGCGUUUCAGGGACGGGAGGUGUGCAAACAGUGAAACCACCCAAACACCUUCCCAAGAGAGGCGGCGAGGAGAGGGACGUCCCGGCCGCCUCUCUUUGUCCGCCUGCCACAAAGCAAGACAAAACCGCCUCGCCGCGGCUCUCCAAGCAAAGCGACAACAUCAAACAACAAAACAAGUCGCCCGUGAAGGAUUGGGCUGAGACCCCGGCGUCGGGGAGCAAGCUUCCCACGAGAGAGGCUCCAAAACAAAAAGGCCAGAGAGGCCUGAGCAAGCCGAAGCCCAGAAACCUUCAACAAUCAUCAAACGCACUUACUGAGACGUCCGUCAACGCAAAAGACGUCUCCAGCGGAGGUCCAGUCGGGGAUGGGGAAGCGAUUGAAGCAUGUCAAAGCAAAAUAGAAGAAAAACAGACAAAGGAACUGGAGGAAACCAAAGCCAUCAGCGCUGUUGGAGAGAUUUCUGGACUCGGAAACAGUGAGGCGACCGUUACAGACGCUGCUCAGGAGAUAGCGGAGGUUGUUACCGACCCGGGAACGGAGGAACAGCCAAGUCAGAAACCAGUCACAGAUCUAGACGGUGUUAAAACGGAGCAGAACCAAGCCAAACCAGCUGGAGCUGAGGCUGCAGGGCAGGCGGACAGCGGCACACAGGGAGAUGAAACCACGUCUCCAUCAGAAGAUAGAAACAAUGAUGGGGACGUUUUACAGAAACCAGAUGCCACAGACAUCAAAUCAAUCCCAAAGGAGGAGAAAAAUGCUGAGGCAGCACCAGCAGAUGAUGGUGUAAACGACAUCAUGGGCAAACCCCCACCGGAAGACGGCGUUCAUAGUGAGAAAACGAUCGAUUCCGACCAGAAAGGUGCCACUUCUGGAGAUCUUUCCAUCGGUGGAAUGAAUAUCGUCACCUCUACAGCUGAACCCCAAAACGGUACUGAUGCUCAACUGGCCUCAAAUGAUCUACACGGCGUUAAAACGGAACAGAACCAAGCCAAACCAGCUGGAGCUGAGGCUGCAGGGCAGGCAGACAGCGGCACACAGGGAGAUGAAACCACAUCUCCAUCAGAAGAUAGAAACAAUGAUGGGGACGUUUUACAGAAACCACCAGACGCCACAGACAUCGAAUCAAUCCGAGUGGAGGAGAAAAAUGCUAAGGCAGCAGCAGCAGAUGAUGGUGUAAACGACAUGACUUGCAAACCCGUGUCGGAAGAAGGCGUUCGUAGUGAGAAAACGAUCGAUUCUGACCAGAAAGAUAUCACUUCUGGAGGUCUUCCCAUCAGUGGACUGAAUAUCGUCACCUCUACAGCUGAACCCCAAAACCGUACUGAUGCUCAACUGGCCUCAAAUGACAGUGAACCAGAAGCUGUGCACUCAGGCACCUCUGGACCAGAAAGUACAGGGGUUUUGAGGGAUCAAUCCACAAAUGAGAGUGGCAGUCAGUCCUCCUCACUGAGGGUGGGUUUGGUAAAGGAUUCUGUGGUGGAGAAGAGAAAUAAGGAGGAGGUUAACGGGAAAGCAGCUGAGGUUUUGGGCCUCGAAACAGAGACUGUGACUGUCCAAGAAUUACCCAAGAAUGUUGAAAACCAGAUGAACACAGAGGCUCUUUUAUGUGCAGGAGAAUGUGAAAGAAGGGAGGAAGACUUGAAACCAAAUCAAAAGCUUAAUGACACAGCAGGAGAAGGCAGCGACUUACAGGACAGAUCUGCAGAGCAGCUCACAGACGGACCGGUGGAGGGCAAAGCAGAGAAAGCAGACGCACAUCCAUCAUUAGAGGAGAAACGCGUUCAGCCUGAGGCCGAGGAAGAACCCAAGGCAGUAGUUCCAAAUGUCCCGAUAGGCGAGAGGAUGGAGGCAGAGCUGGGAAGGGGUGCAGCUCAGGAAACCGAUCCACAGAAACGAAUGCCUCCAGUAGAAAAGGAGGAAGAAGAGCAGCAGAUGCAGAUGGAUGACAACAGAAAUCUGAAGGACGAAGCAACUCCAGAAGAAACAGUCCUGAGCCCUAAAAUGCUGAAAACUGAAUCUAAAGAUGAAAACAAGGAGAAGGUCAUCAUAACCAAGAAGCAAAGUAUGGCGGAUCAAACAACAGAGGCCCACACGGCAGGAGAUGCUGAACGUCCAAAUGAUGACCUGCAAAAAGAAAGUGAGGAUCUCAAAGCCCUGCAGAAGACAUCAGAGAAACCCAUUUUACAGGUGGGAGCAAGUGAAGAGCUGAAGACUUCAGGCAAAAAGGAGCCGAGCGCUGAAACUAUUAAAGGUUUCAACAACACUGAUUCAUCAGAACAGAGUUUGGCCGGUGGGACUAAAAGGGAUCAAGAUGAAGACUCACAUCAAAUAUCAGAGAAGGAACCAGAAAAGGAGAAAAUUGAAAAUGCCCAAAAGACAGAAACACCUGCAGAACUAGACUCUUUAGGCAUCUGUAGUGAAGGAGCCAAAGAGAGGAAAGAAGCCCAGAGGGCGUCGGACAGUUUGGUCAAAGAAAGCAAACAACAAACCCAGACAACAAUAACUGAUGACAACAAGCACAAGAACAUUACAGCAUUAGAGAAAGACGGAUCAGAAAAAUCCACACGUCCACAAUCUGACCCCAAACGGACUCCAGAAACCGUCAGAACUGAAACCUCAGAGAGCAAAGUCCCAGAAAUAAAAGCUAAAAGCACAAGAGAUCAGACGGUUGAAGAAGCUAAAGGUGACACUAAACCAGUUGAGGCAUCAGGAGAAAGUCUGGGAAGUGAGACAGCAACCACAAAUACAAUACAAUACAAUACUGAGGUUCUCCAGGACCAGAUGUCCAAACAGGUCAGAGGUCAAGGAGUUGAAACAACAGAACCAAAUGAGAACAAACCGGAGGCUGAAGUCAGGGAUUCAUCACUGGAGAGUUUAACAAAAGACAAAGCAGCUGCGGAUUCAGUCCAGAAGCCCGGAGCUGUUGGAGGACCAAAGCCAGUCCCAGUGAAACCAGAUCAGAAAUCUAAACGUCCAGAUCAGGAUCUGAAACAGAAUGCAGAGCCAGUGAGGACAAACUCUCCUGAAGAACCAACGGAAAACAAAACUCAGGUGUUAGACCCUGCACCUGUCAGAGUGCAGAAAGCCGAGGCCGCCAAAGAGAAUUCGGCAGAACUAAUAGCUGGAAUCAACACCCAAAAGGACAAAAGCGUUUCCCCUGUCGAGGAUAAAGCCGAAAAACUACGGACGCCAGACAGAGAGCCCCCAGCUUCUGAUGUCAAACAAGCACAGCAGUCAGAGACUCUAGCAUCUGACGUCCAAGAAAAAACGAACGACGCAAGAACAGAGUCCACAUCUGGAAAGAACCUGAGCAGGUUUAAAAUAGAAGAAAAACAGCAAAGCCUGGAAAAAGUGGUUGAAUCUGGACAUAAAGGGGCAAAGGAUGCAGAUCAGAAGCGUGAAGAACAGAAGGCAGGUGUCAAUAAAGAAUUUAAAACCACUGUGGCGCAAAAGGAACAGAGAUCAGCGACCAAACAGAAGCAGAAAGAAUCCGUCCCCGUUGGUUUAGACGGCGUCCAAAAAGCCGGGGCAGCAGCAGGAACGCAGACAUCCGGGGAGGAGAAGCUCCUACAGCCCAAAGAGCCUAAAGGAGACAAACGUUUGUCUCUUUCUAAUCCACCGAAAACGGAUCCACCCACGAGUCUCCAGCAAGAUAGAAAGUCUCCAUCAACCUGCCCAGAUGUGGAACAUCGGCAUAAACCAGGGAAGGAAAACCGAAGAACCAGGUCUAAAAAGGCCCCCGGUGGGGAUGACAUUCAGGAGCCCGAUGACAUCCAUGACUUUAUCAGGAACAUUAAGGAGGGCGGGAUCCCCUUUUCGUAUCCUCCCAAGAGGCACACCGUCAAAAAGUCCCGCUCUCCCCCUUCCGCCCUGCCGGCCAUCAAAGAGGACCACUUUGAGCGAACGUUCGACCCCGAGGAGUUUCAGUUCGGCCUCCGGAAAAAGCAAAGCCUCUUCAAGGAUCUCUCCCCGGCUAUGGUGAUCAAACAGAAAGCCGCCAGGAGGGAGGAACGAAGAAAGGAAGAAGGUUGCGAGAACAAAACUUCGUCCCAGGCUGUAAAAAGUCCCACUGAAGAUGGAGGGGGGACGACCGGGACCGAUGGCGGGGCAGAAAACGGGCAACGCGCUCAGCCUGGGAAGAUGCCGUCAAGGCUGGAGAGGAUGUCCAUCAUUUCCGGCUUGCUGAGCACUUCCCGGACCUCCAGGAAGACCAGAGAGGAGACCCUCUCCCCUGUGGGGCCACUGGAGGCCCUCCCAGCAGAUAAAGGCAGCGGGGAAGGUGGAGAUCCCAGCCCGGUUAUGGGAGGUGGUUUGGGAACAGUGAGUGAGUCAGCACUUGGCUCCUCCUCUCCUCUUUAUCUGCCCACAUUCCCUGAGAUAAAGCUGACGGAUCAUUUAGAGAAAUACCUCAAGAAGAACAAAGGGGAUUCAGACACCUCCCAGACCUCGUUACAGCAAACUAAACCCGACCUGAAGUCUGGUGUUAUGGACCAGGUGGCAGAUGUGCCCUCCCCAGAUGUGGGCCUGAAGGGCCCCCCAGAACUGCCCUCCAACACAAACUACAGCCAGAAGACCUCUCAGAAUGGACUCUCUAUCUCUAAAGCUAAGGUUCCUGCAGUACGAGGCUCCCACAGAAGACCUGGGAAGAUCGUCAUACAUGAGCAUGCUCAGUUCGGCGGGGAGGCGUUUGAGGUCUGUGGCGAUGUGGAAGAUGCAACCGCCAUGAGGCUAUCCCCAAUAAUAUCCAUCAGAGUCAUCAGAGGAUGCUGGCUGGUCUAUGAGAAACCGGGCUUUCAGGGCCGCAUCAUCGCCCUGGAGGAAGGCCCCACAGACCAGAUUGUGAACAUGUGGGCAGAGGAAGAGGGAAAUCCAGAAGCACAAAACCAAACGGGUGAACCGGUUCCAACUGCACCGAUGGUUAUAGGCUCCCUCCGACUGGCAGUGCGGGACUACAGCGUACCUCGAAUUGACUUGUUUACGGAGAUAAACGGGUUGGGGAGGGUGUCCUCCUACUGUGACGAGGCCGUAGAGCUCGGCUCCUUCGGAAUCCCGCAGACCACCGGCUCCAUCAAGGUUCACUCCGGGGUCUGGCUGGUGUACGCCGAUCCGGGCUUUCAGGGAUUCACUGGAGUUUUGGAGGCGGGGGAGUACCCCUGCCCAGAGAGUUGGGGAUUCCCUGAACCUUUCGUUAGCUCUCUCAGACCCCUCCGAAUGGGAGCAAUAAGGGUGGAGCACCCCACCGACGCUAAGGCUGUCGUGUUUGAGAAGCCCAACUUUGACGGGGAGUGUGUAGAAGUAGACAACGAUCUCUACAACUUGCUAGAGCAAGUAGAAGAAGAAGGCAAAUCUGGUGUGAAGAGGAAAACAUUGUGUUCAGUCGGGUCUAUUAAGAUAAUCGGUGGCCUCUGGGUAGGCUAUCAGGAAGCAGACUUUGAAGGCCAGCAGUACAUCCUGGAGGAAGGAGAAUAUCCUGAGGCCAGUGAGUGGGGAGGAUCUGAAGGCGGGCUUCUGUCUCUGCGGCCUCUGUUGGCUGAUUUCCAAGCCCCUCACGUUAAACUGUUCCGUGAGCCGAACUUAAACGAGGUGGGGGUCAACGUGGACCUUCUGGGUCCCGUCUUCAACAUGGAGGGCAUCGGCCACAGCACCAAAACCGAGUCGGUCAGCGUGACCGCCGGCGUGUGGGUGGCAUUCGAACAGCCCGGGUUCAGUGGAGAGCUGUAUGUGCUGGAGAAAGGCAUCUAUACCACCCCAGAGGACUGGGGGGCGCAGAACUCCAAGAUCCUGUCCAUACAACCCGUCUUCCAUGACGCACUGGUGGGAACAACUAAGUUUAAGGUCCAGCUGUACUCUGAACCAGACUUCCAGGGAAGGAUGGUCAUCCUGGAGGGCAGCACAGCAGCUCUGGACGAUGACUUUAAGCCUCGGUCCUGUAAGGUGUUAGCAGGCAGCUGGGUGGCGUAUGAUGGAGCCGGGUUUAAAAACAACAUGUAUGUGCUGGAGGAGGGGCCGUACCCAGACACAGAGGCCAUGGGCCUCCCGUCCCCGGACCCUGGACUUAGGUCCAUGCAGACCACUGGACACGAGCUCUCCCUGCCCUCCAUGGUGCUUUUCAGUAAGCCGGGCUGCAGAGGCCGCCGCACGGUGCUGAGGGGCGGGGCCAUAAACCUACCGCAGGCCGGCAUGAACGCGUGCGUGCGCUCCCUGCUGGUGGAGGGAGGAACGUGGGUGUUGUAUGAGGGCAGUAACUACAGAGGCCGACAGCUCCUCCUCCACCCGAGUGAAGUGGGCGAUUUGUGCAAGCUGCAUGGCUGGCAGCGAAUAGGAUCCCUCCGACCGCUAAACCAGAAGCAGAUGUACUUUCGGCUGCGGAACAGGGAGACCAGCGGCGUGAUGUCUCUGACCGGAACGCUGGACGACAUUAAGCUGAUGAGGGUCCAGGCUCUGGAGGACACGGGGGGAAUAGAGCAGAUCUGGCUGUAUCGGGACGGACAGAUCAGCUGCAAGCUGGUGGAGCACUGCUGCCUGGGGACCACGGGGAGCGUGGUGAUGGCGGGCAGCCGGCUGUGCGUUUCCCCGGAGCGAGGCAAAGACGACCAGCUGUGGAGCAUCACCCCGGAGGGUUUAGUGCGCUGCCACCUCAACCCCGGGCUCAACCUGCAGGUCAAAGGUGGCGUUCAGUAUGACAAGAACCAGGUGAUCCUCAGCGCCUUCGACGACAGCAAACUGAGCCAGAGGUGGACACUGGAGGUCCUGUAGACGGGCCUCACUGCCCCCAGACGCAGCUCCGUCAGCAGACUGAGCCCUGUGGUGCAGCUCCACCGUGGAGGCCGUGCCACACAGAUGGACUCCGUCAUGUUUACUGUUUCACACUCCAAAACCAACCCAGAAAGGAAAGCACUCCAAGCAAUAACACUGAGUAAAAUAAUGAUAUUUAUUAUAAUAAUAAUAAAUAGUUUUAGCCACUACAAAACAAUCCAUACCAAAGAUGGUGGAAACUGCCCUGUUUGAAUGCUGCAAACCUUCCUUUAGCCUACACUACUCAAAUGUUCUUUUCAUAUAUUUAUGAUGGCGAAUAUGAAUGUACACAUUAUGUUCACUGCUACUUUGUGAAGUCUCUCAUGUCGACACUCCAAAGAAGUAUUUUGACUAUUAUUUUCUUUUGUUUCUAAUGUUGAGCUAUUGUAAAGUUUGAUGUAUUCUCUUUUUUUUUUUAGGGUUUUAAAAUAAAAUGUAAUGAAUUGUUCUCGGUUGUACAGAAGCAUCAAAUGCUUUGUAACAAUGCUGCCCUCUACAGUGUAAAUAUUUAAAAGAACUGUUGUACAUUAGGAAUAAAACAGAUUUUUACCCCUCUCUUCUUAUGCUUCAAUGCUGGUGAGAGCAUUAUAUGGUAUGACUCAUGAGUACUUUAAGGGGGAUUUCCUCGUGCAUAUUGAUGUAUGCAAAUGUACAAUUCUGCAACAUCAAAUUGAGAAAAAAUAUGUCCAAAACGAUCAAAUUAAGCAUUCGAAAAAGUUGUAGCUCCCUGUGGAAUAGGGCUGUCCCUUUUGUUUAAAUAUAUGGUUGUCCUGUGAAAACGGGAAGUAAGGAAGCCAUUAAGCUCAAUUCCUGUACAUUUAGUUCAAGCUGUUCAGUUAGACCAGAAACGGGAAGAGGAUAACUGGAUAAAAGGUCAAAGACAAUAUUUAACAAAUACAAUUAAGAAUUUUUUUUAUGCUCAGGGAAGUUCAAAGAGGCAUUUCUGAAUGUACACAUGUGCCUCUGAGGUUUUAUCAGGGUCACAGACAAUAUUCUUCCCUGUCGAGGAAGUAAAAUGCCUCCACUCUUUAUUUGAGGAAAUUUGUUAGUCAAUUAAGUGACUUUAGAUCCUAUUUGUUCACCAACUGAAGAUCUUCAAUCCAUCUCUGCUUAUCAAAGACUUGCGCCUCAUGUAUGCUGCUUUUCUAACAAAUAGUUAUGAGACACCAAACAAUCGAAAGUUAUUCUAAAUCUGCAUUUUACGAACUAUCCCACCUCCUGAUGAUGUUCAUGAACAGGCACCUAGUUGGAGGUUAUCACGUCAUUUUCCAGCAGACAGUGAAUGACAGUUUUUAAUCCAAAGCUCUCUCACAUGGGGCCUAACUGUGCUGGAUCAGUAGUGGGUGCAUGUGUGAGCCUGCAGAGAGAGCCAAAGUCUGUAAUGUGAAGUAGCUUCAGUAAGUACUGGAUGCCGCAUUAAACAGGGUAAUUCAAAGUGGAGACAUAUAAGGGUUAAAGUUUAAAGUAACUCAGUCAUACACCAAACAAAAGCUUUGAUGAACUCACAGGUUAAAUUACUUCAUUUUAUGACACUUUUAUUGUUUUUGACCAAAAAAUGAAAAACAUUGCCUCUGUGUUGUUUAUGAUCCGGCAGCAAAAAGGUAACAACAGAAAAAGUGCACACUGCAGAAGCAGAAGGCCUCACAGCU